GAUGAGUGAUGCAUCACAGCGCCAGACUAUUGUUCGAGGUGGUUUGCGCUGGCCGAAUGCUCUUGCAAUUGACUAUGUUGAUGACAAACUCUACUGGGCUGAUGCAUACUACAGGAUAGUUGAAAAGUCAGAUUUAUUUGGAAAAGGCCGGGCAACACUGAUUAAUCAAGUAAACGUGUACAAUCCGUACCAUAUGACUCAGUACCUGAAUCGAAUCUACUGGACUGACUGGCGACGGCAUACCAUUGAAGGUGGGGACAAGAAUACAGGACUGGAUCGUGUGAGCAUUGCAGGGAGCAUGUCUCGACCCACUGCUAUUCAUGUUGUUCAUACAGACAGACAACCAUCAGGGUCUAAUGAAUGCCUUCAACUAAAUGGCGGUUGCGCUCAAAAUUGUGUUAAUACAAUUGCAACAUACUACUGUACUUGUAGAACUGGAUACAGUUUGGCAUCUGAUAAGCAUGCAUGUAUUGAUAAUAAUGAGUGCAGCACUAACCAUGGUGGUUGCAGUCAAAUCUGUACUAACACACAGGGAAGUUUCAAAUGCAGCUGUUUGAGUGGAUACAAGCUUGCAGUUGAUGGACUCACUUGUGUUGAUUCCAAUGAAUGCACAGUGAAUAAUGGUGGCUGCAGCUUUAAGUGUACCAACACACCGUCAUCUCACUUUUGUUCAUGUCGUCAAGGGUAUGAACUCAAGUCUGACCAGAAGACUUGCCAAGACAAGAAUGAGUGUGCUUCAUCAACAACUAAUGACUGUCCAUCGGAUGCUUCAUGCAAAAACACUGCUGGGUCAUAUUCGUGCAUUUGUGCAUCAGGUAAACACUAUGAUACUGUCACAAAGAAAUGCAAAGACUAUGAUGAAUGCAAGACAUCUGGCAACAAGUGUCAGCAGAAGUGCUCUAAUACAGAUGGGUCUUACACAUGCAGCUGUCUUGUUGGGUACAAACUCAAUGCAGACAAGCUUACUUGCUCGGAUAUUGAUGACUGUGCUCAGAGCAAUGGUGGCUGUCAGCAAUCGUGUCUAAAUACAGCUGGUUCCUUUAGCUGUAGUUGCAAUCAGAAAGGAUACCAGUUGAACAGUGACAAGAAAGCUUGUUCAUUGGUCAACUGUGGCUCUCCAACUCACAUUACAGGUUUUACAACAACAUGUGAUGGUACCUCUGAACCUUAUCAGUAUGGGAAGAAAUGUACACUAGCUUGUACAGCUGGUACCCUCUUUGGGGAUCAUUCUAUUGAAUGCUUGGACUCUGGUCGUUGGAGUGCCCCAAAUACUGGUUGUCGUGGAGCAGCUGUUGUGCCUAAUCGCAGUCCAACAGACAUCAGUUUGGGAACAACAUCUGUGCCUGAAAAUUCAGCAAAAAGCACAAUUGUUGGUCCAUUGCAGACAACAGAUAAAGAUGCUGGACAAACUCACACUUAUGUGCUAACAAAUGAUGCUAGUGGUGUGUUUGCACUAGAUGUAAAAAGCAACACGAUUACUGUUAACAAAGCGUUGGACUAUGAGACACGGUCAAGCUACAGCAUCACUGUGAAAAGCACUGACAAUGGCAGUCCUGCUUUGUCAGUGACAAAGAAGUUAACAAUUACAAUUACUGAUGUGAACGAAGCUCCUAAAGCACCCACAAUCAGCAAGAGUAGUGUCAAUGAGAACUCACCAAAGCAGACAGUUGUAGGAACUCUAUCAGCAGCUGAUGUUGACAAACCUGCCCAAACUCUAACCUUUACACUGCUUAGUACAGACAGAGAUCACUUUGUUCUUGGAGGGAAGUCUAAGAAUCAAUUGAUGGUAAACCAGAACACUCUUGAUUAUGAAGCAACUCCAAAGAAGCAUCAAGUUACAGUUCAAGUUGUUGAUAGUGGUACACCACCUCUUACAAGCACAGCAGUUAUAACGAUUACACUGAUCAAUCAGAAUGAUCCUCCAACUGCUCUUUCUCUUUCAGGAAUGUCAGUAAAUGAAUAUGCUCAAGGUGCUAGUAGUGGAGCAAAUGAUAAUGACCUUAUAGGCAAAUUGGCUACAACAGAUCAGGAUGCUGGUGAUGCUCACACAUACAGUUUGGAUGAUUCAGCCAAUGGAAAGGUGAAGAUAAAUGGAAGAAACCUGGUUGUUGAUGUUGCUAGUAAGAUUGACUAUGAGACUGCAACUACAUUUAAGAUUGCUGUCAAGACAACAGAUAAAGCUGGUGCAACAUUUACGCGAAGCAUUGUGAUUACAGUUAACAAAGUCAAUGAAGCACCCACAGGUGUUCUUCUGUCAUCGAGUGAUGUGUUGGAGCAUUCACCUGUAGGUACUGUUGUGGGGACUUUCACUGCCCAUGAUCAAGAUCAUGGAGAUAGUCAUUCAUUCACUCUUGUUUCUGAUCCUGGUAGUUUUUUCCAAAUUACUGGUUCAACUUUGAAAGUCAACUCAGAUGCUUUAGAUCAUGAGAAAACAGGGUCUGUGAUAAUUGAGGUGAAGGCCACCGACCAAGGUGGCCUGUCAGUGACUAAAACCAUUGUCAUCACGGUAAACGAUCGAAAUGAAGCUCCAAAGAAUGUGAAUCUCACUCCAGUUGUUGGCAAAGCCUGUCUUUUUACUGUUUCUCCAUCUCAGACAGCAGGGGAUGCCUGUGUUCCUGAAAAUGUGCCUGCUGGAGAAUUGGUUGGUACUUUGUCAGCUAUUGAUGAUGACGGUGAUGCUGUGUCCUUUAGCCUGAUUGAUUCCAGCGGUUUCUUUAAUCUCUCAGGAGCAGACAUCCUUGUGUCAAAACCCGGCUUGGACUAUGAAUCAGCCACAAUUGGUACAAUUGUCGGUUUAUCAGUAGAAGCAACUGAUUCAUUUGGACUAGUGACACUGAAGACUUUCUACGUUGAAAUUAUGAAUCAGAAUGAUCCACCUACAGACAUUUCUCUUAGUUUUCGAGUGGUUCAGGAAUCUGCUUCUGUAUCAACUCCGUUUGCCACUUUUUCAGCUCAAGAUCAGGACGGAGACAAACUUACCUUCAUUCUCAAUAAUGAUGACAAUGGUAAAUUUGGUUUAUUGGGUUCUAAUCUUGUAGUCCAGAAGCCACUGAACCAUGAGACUACAAUGAAGCACACUAUUUCUGUUAGUUGUUCAGAUAAAUUGGCUACCGUUGGGCCUAAGACGUUUGUCAUUGAAGUCAAGGACGACAAUGAUUCACCCAUCAAUAUUACUAUGAAUGAUACUACAAUCGAGGAGAACCAGCCAAUUGGCACUGUUGUUGGUAGCGUUAUUGCUACUGACGAAGACACAAAUGAAACGUUGACAUUUGGGUUGGAUGAUGAUGCUGACGGACGUUUCAGGCUUGAAGAAAACGUAGCUACAGGACAAUGGUUGUUACACGCUCAGAUGCCAUUUGAUUAUGAGACGCAAGCAAGCCAUCUUGUUAUAGUCCGCGUUUCAGACAGUAAAGGAGCAACUAAUUUUGAAGUCUUUAAAAUUGAUAUUAUUGAUGUUAAUGAAUCUCCGGAGAAUUUGGUGCUUCAUCACAGUGUUGUGUUUGAGAAUCAACCUGCUGGUACACUGGUGGGUAUUAUAACUGCGAGCGAUCCCGAAGGAGAUUCUGUACAGUUCAGCAUAGCAAAUGACUUGGCUGGAGCAUUCAAGUUAGAGAAUGUUAUCAACUCUAACACACAUACCGCUCAAGCCUUGAAGACUGCAAAGGUGCUAGAUUAUGAAUUAACUCGUAAUUAUGUUAUUGAUCUUUCUGCAAGUGAUGGUACUGCAGUCCCGACAGUACGCCGCUUUCAGGUGAGUGUAAAGAAUCAGAACGAGGCGCCAUCUCUAAUCUCACUGGACGUUUUCACGGUGGCUGAAAACUCGGCUCUCUCGUCCAAAGUGGCGACGAUCACAGUGUCCGACCCCGAUCUCCCGUUUGUUCCUCAAACGUUUCGAUGUCGUCUGCUAGAUAACGCAGGCGGACGCUUGGGUGUGAACAGAUUUGAAAUAAUUGUAUUCGGCCCGAUAAACUAUGAAGAGACGUCGAAACUAACCGUCUACGUCGAAUGUAGUGACCAGGGAGGACUGUCGACGACCUCACUCUUCAGUAUCGCUGUCUUGGAUAGGGACGAUCCUCCAACUGAUGUUGGAUCAAGCACCGGUCAGUUUCAAGUGUUAGAAAAUCUUUCGCCCGGUAGCGUCGUAGCAGUGUUGGUCACAACAGACGAAGAUUCUGUGGACAAUUUUACGUAUUCUGUUAGUUCCAGCAACGUUCCAUUCACCGUAUCAGGAAAUCGUCUUGUCACAACGAGACCCUUGAAUUUUGAGUCCCGUCGUUCUUACGUACUUAAUAUCACGAGUUCGGACACGUCUGGUUUCUCGGUUACUCGCGAAGUUGUUGUAUUGGUUUUGAAUGCCAAUGACAGGCCACUCUCUGUUACGGUACCGAGCGGUGUCUCUGUACUAGAGAACACUCCGAUUGGGACAUUGAUUACUACAUUGGGAACCGUGGACGACGACAAUGAUCAGACAUACAAUUACACUCUCGUAUCUAAACCCAAAGACGUGUCUGUGUCUUCGGACGGCCGCAUGUUUGUCUUUGAUGCCACAGCAAUAGAUUACGAAACUUCCACUUCCAUAAAUUUGGUUGUGCAGAGUGUAGACAGUGGAUUCGGUCAACUGUCAGUAGUCCAGUCGGUUACUAUACCGAUUGUCGAUGUAAACGAGGCACCAAGCGAUAUUAUUAUUCCCAUCUUAUCUGUUGCGGAAAACAGUGUCGCUGGUACCGUCGUGUCUAAAGUCGAGGUGUCGGACCCUGACCGCUUUCCACAGUCGUUUACUUGUUCUAUGAAACAAGACGCGGACGGAAGAUUUCAGGUGAAAGGCGGAGGAGUUGGCUCUCAGCUCAUACAACUUUAUGUCGGAUACAACAGCAGUAACAUAAAUUACGAGAAGGACAAGGUAUUUGACAUAUUAGUAGACUGCGUUGACAAUGGAGGCAUGUUUCUUACCAAGACGUUUACAUUGUCUGUCAUUGAUGCCAAUGACGCUCCUACUGACAUUGUGUUUAGUAAAGAUAGUCUGACACCUCAACAGGUAACAAGAGAGGGACAACAGAGAAACAUUCUUACGACGCCGUUUGUAUCAAUAUCAGAGAAUAGCUCGUAUGGUGAGAUCGUUGCCUAUAUUUAUGUGAUAGACGAGGACAAAGAUCAAGUGCACACAUGUCAGUUUGACAAUGACCAGCCUGAUUUUGGGAUUCAUACCAGAGCCCGGGAAGGUGUUGUGAUAGUGGUGCAACAACGAUUGGAUUACGAGGCCAAGACUCGGUACAAAGUGCGAGUGAUUUGUACGGAUAGUGGAAACCCACACAUGAACGUCACUAGAGCGCUAGUUAUCAAUGUCAUUGAUGUUCAGGAAUCUCCUGUAGCCAUUAACGUCUUUCCCAAUACCAUUAUGGAGAAUACACCGAGCGGUACCAUGGUGGGGACACUGGACUGUGUUGAUCUGGACGUAGGAACGGCCUCUUCGGUAUAUCUAUACAAAAUUGUUAGUCUUGGGGCUCGAUUUGCAAUUGUUGGUUCCAAUCAACUCGUUUCAACAGAACCACUGGACUACGAGGAGACUCCAAAUAUUAGUGUUAGUAUUGAAGUAACGAAGGUGCACAACCCACCUCUAAGUCGUCGACAAACCGUCGUUAUUCAAGUUACUGACGUCAACGAAGCCGCCACUGAUCUAUUUGUGAAUCAUAAUCAAAAGACCGUUGUCAUCAAUGAGACAGCUGGCGUUGGGUCACUAGUCGGCGAGCUGUCGCUUAAUGAUCCGGACAAUAAUGACCAAUUCUCAUUUCUAGUUGUGUCUGGCUCAAAUGAUACGUUUGUCACUUCAAAUGACAAUCUAACAGUUUCUGGUACCUUGGAUGCCUGGUCACAGGAUAUCUACAAUGUUGUGAUUCAAGGUAGUGAUUCAGCAGGUCACUCUCUACAAACAGUUAUCAACAUACUUGUUCAGGAGGUAGAUGCUUGUAUGACCAACAAUGGAGGCUGUGAUAGUCAUGCGCAGUGCUUUCGUGCUGGACCUGGAUUUGCCGGUUGUAAGUGUUUUCCUGGCUUUAGUGGAGACGGAUACUCUUGCGUUGAUGUGGACGAUUGCACUCCAGACCCGUGCAGUUUAGAGAACACUGAUCCCAACGGUGGGGGAUGUAAGAAUGGUUAUGGUGGUGUCUUCAACUUCUCUUGUCCAUGCCAGAAGGGAUGGGGUCAGCCGGACUGUAAGACGGAGGCAAACGAAUGUUUGUCGAGUCCUUGUAAUCCUGUUGGCACUGAAACCUGCAAUGAUGUAUUCAAUGGGUAUGAGUGCGAAUGUUUACCCGGAUGGGAAGGCGACCGAUGUGAGAUUAAUCCCGACGACUGUUUGACGGAAGUCGACCCGUGUCACGGUCACGGAGUUUGCAUCGACAAAGUCGGUGGUUACACAUGCAACUGCACGGAUCCCUACAUUGGAGUAAACUGUGAUACAGACGACUCUGUUUGUCGUGGACCGGAAACUGUUUGUCCCGUCGACCGCAGUGCGAGAUGUGUAUCAUAUCCUCCUACUAACAGUAAUCCAUAUUCUUGCUUCUGUGAACGGCCUUUUAGUCUCGACUGUACUGGGUGUGCUGACGGGUUUGAAGAGAAGGAAGUGGGGAGUUGCACUGACGUCGACGAAUGUUUGUCCAACAAUCCGUGCUUGAAUGGUGGUGAAUGUACGAAUACGGUAGGGGAGUUUUUAUGUAACUGUUCAUUUCCCUGGGUUGGAUACAAGUGUCACUUUGAUUCGAGAAGUGAGCCCAUUAAGCCAUCUGAUCCUGGAUCUUCUGACAUGACGGUAUUAGCAAUGGCGAUUGCUAUCAUAGUUCUUGUUGUUGCGAUCAUCAUUAUGGCAUUUCUGUGGCACAGACAUCGGAAUCUUCGUCGGAUCGUGUACAAGGGUGAGAAAGCUGCUUUCGACGCACGUGAGGGGAGAGUCGACAUAUCUCCACAGUUUCAGGAAAUGAUAGAUACUGGAGAGGAUAGAGGACACCAAGAAUUCACUAAUCCAACUUUUGAUCUAGUAGAUAGCGACAAUCCUACUGAGUUGGCUGCUGUUACAUUGGACAACCCUGUUUAUGCAAUGAGCACUGGUGUGGGAGAUAACCCAAUGUAUGAGCCAGUAAUGGAUUUGAUUUCAGGAGGUCACGAAUAUAGUAAUCCCGGCUAUACCGAGGUCAAGUCUUCUCUCAAUUCCGGUCGACUUUGGACAAAGCGUCCGUCUUCAAUGGCAAGAUUUGAGCAGAAUUGAAUCAAUGAUGCAACACCAUCGCACCGUUUAGUAACUGCAGCAACUGUUACCUAUAUGUCCGCGGUAUGUACAGAAUUGAACAUGGGGAAACAAUUCAUGUGGCAUGUUGAUCUGUGUUGUCAAUAAUUGUUGAUUGUGUCUAGUUGAGGUUUGUUUUUGUUGAACAAUAUCACAUUGGAUUUGCUGUAUAAAAAUUUGAGACCCCGGUCA